UCAGUAUUUUGAUCGGGUUCGGGCUCUUUGAUGUCAUGCGGAGACCAUGCACAGAGCCUUAGGCUAACGAAUUUUGUGAAAUAAUUUACUUUAGUUUAACGUCCACAGUUGUGUUACAAUUUUCAUGAAUUUGCUGUAGGGUUGAUCACAAUGAUAGUUGAAAUUGUUAACAGCUGAUGUAAUAAUGGCAGAAGAUGAGAGAUCCGAAGGUCACAUCCAGUCACAGACUUCAAGGUCACCCGUCAGGGUCCGACGUUGGAAGGCUGGCAGUAGACUACCAGAGGGAGCCGUUCUCAUGACCUCAGAACAGGUCAAGACAGUCAUACAAAAAAAAAUAGCAGAUCACCCACGAUAUCAGGACACAUUCCUGCUGAUGAGUGGCCCCUUAAUCUCCUCCAGUGUGUCGGCAGUCACCACCUCCUACCUGAUUGGAGGAAUGAUGAAGGUGUUCUCGUCCAAGGUCAUGCCCAUCAGCAUAAUGAUGGGUGGGACGCUUAGUGCAGUACUCCCUACAUACAUUCUACAGACCUUAGCUGUCCAUGACCGCAUUAUAAGUGGCUCCAACACUCGCAGGUUGCAGCUUGGAGUUAGCAGUGUAGCCAUUCAGACAUUCUUUGGGGUGGUCUAUCCAUGCUUUUUGUCCAGUUAUAAAGUGUUUACUACAGAGAUCAAGCCAUAUGCCCAGGAGGGUAACUUAGGAUGGUUUUACAAAACUUUACUGAAGAAUAAGAGCUUUAGCCGACUGUUUUCUGGCUGUUUAGCUGCCCAGGUUUUGUUGGGAGCCUUGGUACCGUAUCUCACCUCUGAGCAGUUUGACAUGUUUGCCAGUGAAGUAUUUGGCGAAAGUUGAUGUGUGAUAGAGUAGUUUUAAACUGAAAUUUUCAAUUGCUGUUUAUUUACAGGGGAAAAUAAUAAAAUUCUAAAUUUU